CCGAGCUACGUCUCAACCCCGUGUUUCAACCAACGGACCGGGGCGAUUCAAACAAGGCAAACCGGCUUUGUUCAGAGAGUCAUAGACUGUUGCUUGAUGCUUGAACGAGUCUCUCAGAAACUUUGAUAUCACCACUUUCUAACAAUGUCUGGGAAAAUCAAGAACCGAAGUGCCGCGAACGCAGAAUCGAUAUCUGGCGGUGUGUCCUGCGAUGAGCGCAUCUUGCGGGAUUGUCAUCAGCUGUACACGGAUCCCGACAGUGGGCUGAUCACGGUGGCUGAAACUGUUGGUGUGAAGUUGCUGGCUCCCAGGAAAAAGAUCACUGUGAUGCUGAUGGGCAACCACUCUGCUGGGAAAAGCUCUUUCAUCAACUGGUAUGUGGAGGAGCACAUCCAGCGCACUGGAGUGGCUAUUGAGACCCAGGGCUUCAGCUUUGUCACAAGUGGACGCAAGAGAGAAUCUCUCACAGGAAAUGCCACCCUUCAUCUGUAUCCACACUUCAAGCCUCUGCAAGAGUUCAAAGGUGUUUCAGAGUACCUGAGCACAGAGGUCUGCACGUCACGACAGAAACGGUUCAGCCUGGUGACGUUUGUGGAUUCGCCAGGCUUGGUGGAUGGUGAUAUGAAGUAUCCCUUUGACGUAGACGAGGUCAUCAUGUGGCUUGGUGAUCUCUGUGACCUGAUUCUCGUGUUCUUCGACCCCAUGGGUCAGGCUCUGUGCAAGCGCACCCUCAACAUUGUGGAGAAUCUGAAUGAGAAACAUGGGGACCGGCUGCAUUUUUACCUGAGCAAGGCUGACGAGGCCGGGGGAGAGUCGGACAGACAGAGAGUAAUGAUGCAGAUUGUCCAGGAGCUCUGCAAGCGACCAGGACUCAACAAAUGUGGUUUUGACAUGCCCACUAUCUAUAUUCCUAAUCCAAACAAGCCAAGUCGUUGUGUCAACCAGAUAGAGGAGGUGUGUCGCACCGUUGAGAAAACUAUUAACCAAACAGUUCAGAAUACCCUGAACUCUCUGGAGAAGGACUGUGAGCUCAUUAGUGAGGCCAUCACUGAUACCCUCAUUAACGACAGGCAGACCAGUGUAGAAAACCGACGAGCACGCUGUAAGAGCUGCUUCCUGACUCUGCUGGGCUUCAGCGUCCCGAUGGCUCUGAUGGCUUUACUGGUGUUGGGCGCUCUGUCCAAGGAAAUGCUGGAGAUAGCUCUGGGCCAGGAGGGCAAAGAGGCGCUCUCACUCUACCUGACUCCCAUAGUGAGAAUAUUUGACUCCCUCUCUGUGGAGCAGCAGCUCUACAGCUGUGGCGGAAUGGUGCUUCUCUCCUUCCUGCUGCUCCUCAUUGCACGUUUCUCCUUCAGGACUCGACCAACUCUGUCAGGCAAACAGAAAAGGCAGCUGCAGGAGAAGCUGGAGUAUGUUCAGGAGGUGGUGAAGACCAAAAAGAAAAAGCUCUAUGAAGAAUACCUUCGCCAGAGUGUCAGCGACCAGGACAUGGAUUUGUAAAGAAAGAUGAGAUGUACAGAAAAGACUCGGCAUCCCCACAGUGACCUAGGACCAAAUGAAAGUAAAGCUUUUCCGAUGAACACUCUCGUGUCUCUGACCACUUGAUUCUGUGUUUUUUUGUGUGCAGAUGUAAAUUACAGUUGUAAGCACAUAUUACACCCAUCUAAAUCCAGGUGCUUUGAAUACUGUAAAGUAAAGCCUGUAUUACUAUUAGAAGAUGUUACCUCUGUAAAAACCGUUAACACUACCUGCAGAUAAGUAGGGUUCACUAUCAUGUCAGAUGAACUUUUGUUACUUGUUGCUUGUUUGUUGUGAGCAUUUAUAAACAUGUCUUCUGUGCCUCUGCUCAACUAAGGAAUUCAGGCUUAUACCACUUAAAGAUAUUUUUAACAAACUGCAAACUAUUUAUGAUAUUUCUUUAUCAGAGAAACUGUAUUUUGGUUAAACAGCAUAUAGCACUGGUCUACGUAAGUCACUUUGUAUGUGUUACUGUUUCUGAAAACAUUUCACCAGCAUUUUAUACGGUACUAUGUCUGCUUUGUAUCAUGAAAUUACAGUUUUGGUAUUAAUACAGAAAUUUACAUCAAGAACAUCUGUGUUAUAAUAAUGAGAGUAAUGAAUUAUCUACACAUCUGCUAUUGAAGUAAAUUAAGAUUAUGAGUCAGCAAACAUUUUAUCAGUGACCAAUUCAAGUUUUUGUACUUUCGUGUCCUACAUUGUGACUUUUAAUCAUUGAUUAAUAAAAAACUAUAUUCAACAGAAGAAA